GAUGAUCGAGAGAGGAAACACACAGUAGAAGAAGUAGAACUACAACUACAACUACAAUCCACCACUCCUCUCUCUCUCUCUCUCUCUCUUCUUUCUCUCUCUCUCUUCUACACCCUCAAAUACACACAAAACCCAUCAUUCCACUACCCAAAAGAGGAACCACCCCUCUGCGCCCGCCCUCGAUUUUUAAUUUGUCCAAUUGAUUUCUAGAGACUGAAAUAUGAAAGAGAAGAGUGAAACCGGAGGUGGGUAUGUGAGGGCGGAUCAGAUAGAUCUGAAGAGCUUAGACGAGCAGUUGCAGAGACAUUUGAGCAAGGCAUGGACCAUGGAGAAGAACAAGAGGAGGGAGGACGAGGAGGGAGGCGGCGGCGGCGGCGGAGGAGGACGAGGAGGAGGAGGAGGAGGCGGAAGGCCGGCGAUCACGAGGCAGGAGUGGGAGAUUGACCCUUCUAAACUCAUCAUCAAGAGCGUUAUAGCUCGGGGCACUUUUGGAACUGUUCAUCGCGGGAUUUAUGACGGCCAAGACGUUGCCGUUAAACUUCUUGACUGGGGGGAGGAGGGUCAUAGGUCAGAGGCGGAAAUCGCUUCUCUUAGAGCAGCUUUUACGCAAGAAGUUGCUGUCUGGCACAAGCUUGACCAUCCUAAUGUUACAAAGUUUAUAGGAGCAACAAUAGGCUCCUCAGAUCUACAUAUACAAACGGAAAAUGGCCAAAUUGGCAUGCCGAGCAAUAUUUGUUGUGUCGUCGUGGAAUAUUGUCCUGGAGGUGCUCUGAAAACGUACCUUAUAAAGAAUCGGAGGAAAAAGCUGGCAUUCAAAGUAGUCGUACAGCUAGCAUUAGACCUUGCGAGAGGGUUGAGCUAUCUUCAUUCGCAGAAGAUUGUUCACAGAGAUGUCAAAACCGAAAAUAUGCUUCUUGACAAAACGAGAACAGUUAAAAUUGCAGACUUUGGUGUUGCUCGUGUUGAGGCCUCAAACCCCAACGAUAUGACUGGCGAGACCGGAACCCUUGGUUAUAUGGCUCCAGAGGUUCUCAAUGGCAAUCCAUAUAAUAGGAAAUGUGAUGUCUACAGCUUUGGCAUCUGUUUGUGGGAAAUAUACUGCUGCGAUAUGCCGUAUCCCGACCUUAGCUUCUCAGAAGUGACAUCAGCUGUUGUCCGACAGAAUCUGAGACCAGAGAUACCUCGGUGUUGCCCGAGCUCGCUUGCAAAUGUAAUGAAGCGAUGUUGGGACGCUAACCCGGACAAGCGUCCUGAGAUGGACGAGGUGGUAACCAUGUUGGAAGCGAUUGACACAUCGAAGGGCGGAGGCAUGAUCCCCCUCGAUCAGUCUCAAGGCUGUUUUUGCUUCCGCAGGUACCGGGGGCCUUGAACAUGGUGUUUGACUUCUUCUUCGAGCAAACCAAUGGCACGGCGGCAGCAACAACAAUGACGCAGUAUCGAAGAUAUUGAAAUUGUAAUUUGGUACAAUUGAAAAAGGAAUUGGAAGUUGAGAGUGAAGGGAAUAAGUAGAGUGAAGGUUAUAGGUUUAAGAGGAGCUGUGCAAUAUGUGUGGUGGUAGUGUGGAUUUUGUAACCUUCCCUCUCCUUGUGAAGAAAAAAAAUGAGUAAAUUUUCCAUGGAAGAUAAGAGCUUUAAUGAAUGUUCUUCUGUUAACU